AUGAAAUAUAUUGAAUUGAAUUUUCGUAAUGAAUAUCCACGUCAUAAAGAUCCAAUUGGAUUAGAUCAGUGGUGGUUACAAGAUAAUGGAAAUCUUUUUUGUGGUGUUACUGACGAUAUUGAUUUUUAUAUGUAUUUAUGUGAUGUCAGCCAUUAUCCAUCUUCUAUUGGUAAUGUACAGAUUAAGCUGGAACCACCAAAACAACUACCUGCACAAAAUUCUGUAGUGAUCAAGUUCGUUCCUACUACUAUUUCAAAAGAUGAUGUGCUCGAUGAGAUGAAACUUCGUUUUUCUUCUAUAUUUAUGGUUAAUGAAAUGAUAGGAACUGCUCGGUCAAGUGCUCGGCAUAUUCGUGUUAUAUUCAAGCAACAAAACGAAUAUGAGAAAAUUAUUUAUGAUGGGAAAAUUGUAAUUCAAGGACUGAUACUUGACGUCGAUGAAUAUUUACCUCCACCAAAGAUUCUUAUUUGUACGAAAUGUAAUUUGCCUGGUCAUAUUAAGAAAGCCUGUCAAUCUCCUUAUAUAAUAUGUCGACGAUGUGGUCAAGAUAAAGAAAAUGGAGAUAGCCAUACUGAAUGUGCAAUUCGGUGUCAGCAUUGUGGUGGUAAUCAUAUAUCCACUGAUUACAAAUGUCCUACAAUAGGUAAUUUUCGGAAAAAUCUUUUGGAUAAAUUGAAAAAUAAUACUGACAAACUUCCCGCACAUGUACGUAUGUAUAUUCCAAUCGACUGUCGAAAACCCAAUGAUCGUGAUCGAAUUCUAACAUCUUCUCGACGUGGAUAUUCUGCUCCACAUCCUCCUAUGACCACCACAAACAAUUCUUCAUAUUCACCAACUAAGAACUUUUGGACUAGUCGACAAGAAGCAGCAAAUGCAUCAAUGUCAAAGGAAUAUUCAGCAAUUAGAGAAUUUGACAAUGAUUUGAAUAAGAUAAAGAGAGAUUUUGACGAAGAAAAAAAUCGAAUUAACAGAUUAUAUGAAAAACAAAUUGAAACAGUUAAAAAAGGAUGGCUUAUUCUUCAACAGCAAAUUCGUGCACAAAAUGAAUGUUUAGCAUCCAUGCAACAAGUUAUAAGUACUACAAUUGAUUGUUCGGUCAAUCUAUCAACAACUAACAAUAUAUUAUGUGAAUUUGUCAAGACUGUUUGUAGAGAUGAACAAAAAGAACAUAUUGAAAGUAUGAAAAACACAAAUGGAGUUACAACGACAUAUCUAAUGCAAUUGAAAGACUCUUUUCAACGAGAAAUGUUUCAAUAUUCCACAAUUAUGCACAAACAAAUAGAAUUAUAUCAAUUGACUAUGGAAUCCAUCUUCUCUUCACAGAAUGGAUUGUCCAGAUUUCAAGUAUGCCACGUCUUAUGUCCCUCUUUCUGCAGUUGA